CAAACACGCUCCUGAAGCUGCAGAGGAAGAGGAGUGAGAUCGAUGUGAGUGAGUGUCUGCAGAGAGCUGUCAGCUGUCAGCACCUGGAGACUCCUUUUCUGCUUCUUCUACCUCUUUUUCUUCCACUUUUUUUUGAAGAGCGCUCACGUUGUCCCUUAUUUUUGCCGGGACACUUGUAAAAAAGUCUGCGAGUGUCUCUUGGGCAUGGAGAGGCAUCUGCUCUGAUUGAUACUCGGAUUUUUUCAACUUCACGAUCUUCUCUCUGAAUUAUGGAGAGUUGACGGCUCGAGAGGAACCUGACUAACAGCGGUGUGACGGGAUAAAGACGAUAAAGCUCUCUCUAUAGUUCAGGGCUUUUUCUAUUGACUACAUACUCAUCGUACCCACUGCAGCUAACGGGGAGAGGUGUGAUGGCUGCGUACGGACAGACUCAGUACAGCCCCGCCCUGCAGCCUGCGGGGCCGUACGCACCCUACACUCACCACACACAGGGCUACAGCAUGCCCUCCUACAACAUUAAAACAGAAGAAGGCCUGAGUCACUCUCCAGGUCAGACAGGAAUUCUGGGAUACUCAAACUUCAGCAGCACUCCUCCCGGUCAGAGCCUCUACAGCUACUCACACGGUGGUGGUAUUUCAUCUGGAAUUUUUCAAGGCACCCAUGCAAUCUCGAGUUCAACCCCAUUCAACUCUACACAACAAGAGUUUUCAGCGUACUCAAGCUACAGUCAGAGUCAGUACUCGCCGUAUUAUAACUCUCAUCACUACAACAGCCCCUACAUAACCAGCAGCAACAUCAGCCCCACUGCCAUCACAGCUCCAGUAGCCUAUCAGCAUCCAGAACACCCCGUCAUGCUGCCCAAUCACAGCCCAGAGUCGCACACAGGCGAGUACCACCCGCCGCCAAGCCCCCCCACACCAGGUAAAGAGGAGGGGGUCCCAGCAAGGAGGGGGUCGGAUGGGAAGUUGAGAGGGAGGAAAAGAGUCAGUGACCCCGCACCACCUCUGGACUCUGACAUUGAGCGCGUGUUUAUCUGGGACCUGGAUGAAACCAUCAUCAUUUUCCAUUCGCUCCUCACGGGAACCUUCUCCUCACGUUUCGGAAAGACCUCCUACUCCUCCUACUGA